AAGAAAAAAGGUGCCCCAAAUGAAGUUUGCCACAGAUACCUGAAUUAUAGUACUGUUUGGAACUGAAAGACAAGAAGAUUCCACCUUCUGGAGCAUAGAUAUCAUGGAUUCAAAUUCCAGCACUGUGGUGGUGACUGGUUUUGGUCCCUUCAGACAAUACCUGGUUAAUUCCAGCUGGGAAGCAGUGAAGGAGCUGUCCAAGAGAGGCCUUGGUGAAAACAUUGAUCUCCAGAUCAUGCAGCUGCCAGUGGUUUACCAAAAAGCAAAGGAGCAAGUCUGCAAGAUAUGGACAACUCUUCAGCCACUGCUUACAGUUCACGUUGGGCUGGCUUCGUCCACCACAGCGCUCAUCAUCCUGGAGCAGUGUGGGAAGAACAAAGGCUACCAGGAGAGGGAUGCUUGUGGUUUUCACCCAGAAGAUGCCUGCUGUGUGCUAGAUGGCCCAGAAAAGAUUGAAUCUACAAUUAAUAUGAAGACUCUCUGGAAAAACAUCUCAGUGGAAGGGAUUGAUAUCAUCCUUUCCAGAGAUGCGGGAAGGUACAUCUGUGAUUAUACCUACUACACUUCUCUGUAUUAUGGCAAUGGAAGAGCUGCUUUCAUCCAUGUCCCUCCAUUAUCUGAGUCAGUAACAGCAGAAUUUCUAGGAAAAGCAUUACAGACCAUUAUCUUAGCAAUGUUAGAACAGUGUGGGGAACAAAGAGAGAUGGAUCACAGAGGGGAAAAAAGAUGAUUUCUUAGAAUGUAACUCCUUACCUCUGAAAUGAAGCAGAUUUAAAGAUUAUUUAAAACCCACACACAAAGGAUUUUAUAGCCCACAUUAUUUUCAGUGAAAUUUCUUUGCAAACUCAACCAUUUGCAUCUCUUAGAAAAAGCUUGAGGGGAAAAAAGCAAAAUGAUUGGUGGUUCAUAUUGCUAACAAUAAAGUUGUUUAGAUUUCAGAAAUUGUGAUACUGGAUUGAAAACAUUUUAGAUGCUUAAUCCUGGUUCUGUUGGUUAGAAAGACAUCAAUAAAGACUUGCUGACCCCAGAUAGAUGCUCACAGCCGUAAGGACUCAGCAGAGGAUGGAUGUAACAGAGAUCCCCUUCAGCCCCUGUGUCCAAAGUUCAGCCCACAAAAAACCUGGGUAUGGGAGAAACCAAAACACACUUGGAGAUUCUGGUAUGUGAAG